AUGGCGAACCUCAAAACAUAUCUCCAAGAGCUUGAGCGAGACUUUACGGUUGAUACCGCAAAGUUGAAGCAUAUCACCAACCAUUUCAUUGAUGAGUUAGAUAAAGGGCUGAGUGUAAACGGUGGCAGCAUCCCAAUGAACCCAACAUGGGUAAUGCAACAACCAACCGGCAACGAAAUAGGAAAAUAUCUCGUCCUAGACCUAGGCGGCACAAACCUCAGAGUAUUCUCCGUCGAACUGUCCGAGGAGAAAUCCGGCUUUAAAGUCGACCAAGUCACGCACAAACUUCCCAAAGAAUUAAAGACUGGAGAUGCCGAGAAGCUCUGGGACUUUGUCGCUGGACAUCUCGAGGAAUUUCUCAAAACAGCUGACUUUGAAACUGGAACAAACACGGAUUUAAGUUUUAUUUUCUCAUUUCCUACGACGCAGAGGACUAUCGAUGAGGGAAUUCUUCAGAGGUGGACGAAGGGAUUUAAUGUUGCUGAUUGUGAGGGUCGUGAUGCAGCGGCUUCAUUGAGACACGCUAUCGCGAAAAGGAAACUCCCUCUCAAAGUCCGCGUCGUAACAAACGACACAACCGCCACAAUGAUGGCCUCAGCAUACAUCAACUCCGAAACAGCCAUCGGCUGCGUUUUCGGCACAGGAUGCAACGGCGCCUACUUCGAAAGAUGCCAAUCCAUCCCCAAGCUCGACAUGGAAGGCCUUCCCGCCGAGGCUCUCAUGGCGAUUAAUUGCGAAUGGGGCGCUUUUGACAAUGAGCAUGUUGUUUUGCCAUUCACAUCUUUUGAUAUCGCUAUUGAUGAUGCAUCACCGAGGAAGCGGCAGCAGGCGUUUGAGAAGAUGGUUGCGGGUUUGUAUCUUGGAGAGUUGUUUCGGUUGAUUAUGCUUGAUGUUAAGAGGAGGGAUGAGACGUUUUGGGAGGGACAGAGUUUGGAGAAGAUGCAGGAGCCGUAUUUUAUGGAUUCGUCGUUUCUGUCGGCGAUUGAAGAGGACACGUCGAAAGACUUCAAGACAUCGCACGACCUAUCUGUCUCAAAGCUCGGAGUAUCUCCAAACCUGCAGGAGCUCGAGUUCAUGAGAAACGUGGCGACACUUAUAACAACCCGCGCAGCGCGUCUUUCAUCAACAGGCGUCGCAGCGAUAUGCAUGAAGAGAAACCUCAAGACAUGCCACGUCGGCGUUGAAGGAUCUUUGUUUGAGAAGCAUCCCCAUUUCAAGAGAGAAUUGUCAAAAGCCCUGGGUGAGAUCCUUGGUUGGGAGAAGCUUUCAGAUACUGGCAAGGAUGAUGUGGAGUUUAUGCUGUCUCCCGGAAGUGGUGUUGGCGCAGCGGUUAUUGCAUCAACUCUUACUAGAAGCAAGCAUGAAAUUUGAGACGCAUUACUUGUUUGAGAUUUCAAUAGACAUGAGUUGGUAAAUAGCGUCAAGAUAUAACAAGCGGUUGCAAACACCUAAGAAAACACGAUCUCAAUGAUCAAGAAGUACAAGCAGUGUUGGAUCCGUG